AACAUCACUAGUCCUCACCACGCCCUUGUAUUCCAGGCUGUUCGAGAACCACUCUGAGCUGAUCACGCUGUUCACCAAGUUCCGGCAGCUGCGGAGGCGGGACGAGCAGGCCGAGUCUCUGGAGCUGGCCGAGCACGCCACCAUGGUCAUGAACUCCAUUGACGAGGGCAUCAAGGCCAUGGACAACGUGGACUUCUUCUUUGGCCUCCUCCACCAGAUCGGCGCCUCUCAUCGCAAGAUCCCGGGGUUCAAAAAGGAGUAUUUCUGGAAAAUCGAGCACCCGUUCCUGGAGGCCGUGCGGCUCACGCUGGGGGAUCGCUACACCGACAACAUGGACAACAUCUACAGGAUCACCAUCAAGUUCCUCAUCGAAACGGUGGUGCGCGGCUACGAGCUGGCUGAGUCGAAGGAGCCCAACGACAACGAGAAGAAGGCGAUCAACUCGGAGGAAGGGAACAGCAGCUCCAAGACGGACAAAGGAUCUUGAGAGCGGCCGGCGGGGGGAGGAGGCCAGCCGGGGGUCAUUACUACACUGCCGUCUGACCAACAACACCAACAAUACCAUCAACAACGCAGCGCACAUUCGGUUCUCGUGACGUGUAGAGUUACUGCUCAACCCACCCGAUGCAGCGUGACCCUGGCGGGACUGUGAGGCAGUGCAGUACUGAGCCUUCUGCACGAGUCAUCUUGGUGUACUAGUGAUCAAGUAGUGUAGCUUUGUAACUGUUUGUAACGUCGGCCAAGAAUGGCCAGGCGCGCGACUCCCAGGCGGGACUGCGCAGUGCUGUCUGGGGGUCGGGCGCCUGACACACGCACGCAGAUUAACAUAUAAUGUUAGGUAUUUGCUGGAAAACCUUAAUUUUAAGUGAACUGUCUGAGCUGAGAAUACGAAGUUUUUAUUAUGUUUUUUUUUUUUAUAUAUUAGGAUCAUGAUAUUUAUCGAGAAAGCUUAUUUUCGUAUAGAAAUAUGAAAGAGGACGGUGAGUUAGUCGCUCCUGGCCGCUGUAACUCGUAUUUCGUGAACAUCGAUGUCAAUGUCGCUAACAUACAAAUAGGAUAUCUGUGUUGCAGAUAUUGGAAACGUCCCAUAUAGUUGUGUGUUGUACUUCAUAACGCUGCCAGCACCGGCGGCAGGGUGAGGAGGGUGGUAGGGAGGGCGCAGCGUGGAGUGGCCGCCGCAGCGCCGCCCACACCGCCGUUGCUUGUACCGCAGCCAGCGUUUCAGAUACACAAGGUACACACCCUCGAUGAGUUGCCGAGGUACAGCCUCUUAUUUAUUUAUUACACAUCUCCAUUCCUGCAGUGACUUUGAUUUUGUGUUUGAUGAGUGUGUGUGUGUGUGUGUGUGUGUGUGUGUGUCAUCUCAGUCUUGUGGACUCAGGGAAACAGGAAAUUAGUAAAGAUAUGCUCAAAGGAGGCCUAUAGUGUUAAAGAUCUAAUACUAAGUGAUAUGUAACAUUUGGGUACACAUUUAUCAACAUUUGUUCAGAACCAUAAAGUUACACCGUGAAUCUUGAAGCAGUUCUUUGUCGUCAGCGGCAAGGCACACGUAAAGUCAUUCGAGUUACAUUGUAAUAGAUGAGUUGCGAAUAAAACAGGUGUGUAAGAUUUAGCUUCAGGCAUUGCGCGGUAUUUUCAGAGCAACAUCCACGCUCACGUGAAGCCAGAUGAUUCAUGGGAAGGCAGUAAGGGUGGCGGGAAGGCAGAGUGAAGUUAGGAAUCACGGCUUUGUGGUGAAACACGUAUACCCUCACAUUUCAUAUCCAUUGUGACCAAAACAAAAAAUAAUCUUUCAGGCUAUGCAGGUUUGUUUGAUCAAAUUAGGCGGCAUAUUCCAGUAUUCCAGCGUGCGUUUGGAGCGUAAUGGAAUCUCCCUUUUUACAGCGCCGUGUUCCCGCACGGGGUAUGUACGUAUGUGUGUUGUGGUCGCGGUUCAUGUGAUGGCGGUGCUCGUGUGGUGAUAACGGUUCAUAUAAUAAUUACCUGUGGUCGUGUUAUUAGAGCUGCUCUCGUUAUCCAUUUUCCAGCGGGUUAUGUCCACGCUUAGCCAUAUAACAGCCAGCAUGGCGGUGCAGUGGAGCGCACUUUGGGAGGUGAAAUGUGGAGGAGAACCACCUAUCCAAGUACUAACCGGACCCAACGUUGCUUAACUUCACUGAUCGGACGAGAAGUGGUGUGAAAGAAGAAGUUCAAGGAAGUUAUAAGUAUUUUACGAAGUAGGACGUGGAGAAAAGAAACUUCUGGGAAUUAUGAAGACUCUGUCAUGACCACGUGUCACCAUAACAGCCACCAUGAUAGCUUGCAACAUAAUUUUUUCCACGCCAAAGCAAAAAAUACCGUAUGUUUCUAGUGAAGUGUCAUGUUAACUGUCUCUAUGAUAACUGUCACCUUGACAACCCAACUCGCAGUCCAAACUUUCCGCUUCAAGACAAAAGUCAGGUGUAUGAUGGAGAGAUGCUGUCAGCGAGUCACCAUUGCCAGUUCUGAGGUGGUGCAAAGGCGCGUCCGUGGUGCAGCGCCCUAGCUCGCCGCCCCACCAGCCCCGCACCUCCUGCUUGGAGAGAAGGGGAGGGGAGGGCUGCCGGGAGGCGCCAAACAAGCGCCGAGGAAUCUCACCAAUGUUAUAUUUAGUGUAGGCCAAUAGGGAGAACAAGAAUGCCACAAUCUGUUCAAGAUAUCAACCGCGGAUCAUUGCAAAUCACAGUAACUCACGCAGUUUGAGUGAGUGUACAAGUCUUGCCCUCACGCUGGUGUCCGGUGUACUGCUGCCGCGGGUACGGGUACGCCUCACGCCAGAGUGAAGAGUAACGUCACGUAUUUGGCCUCAUUCUGGCAUUCCUCGAUGUUUUGUACAUAGUAGCGUAAGGCAAGAGAGUCGUGUACCAAAUCCCAUCCUCAAGUAGUGUCAGUCAUGCCCGCGUAGUGUUAGCGUAGCAGUGUGAGUGUGGGUGUGUAUAGUGCGUGGUUAGUGCAAGGCUGCCCUCAGAGGGUAGCGGCGCCCGCGCGGUGCCCUAAUAACACUGUAGAAUGAGCCCAACUUGUGCACACGGUUGUUAGGAGACGCGUAUGUGCAAUUAAUGUACGUGUACCGUGUUUCAUUUUCUAGGUAUGUAGAGAAAAAUGCAGAAUUGUUGCCAACCAAAAAAAAUAUAUACUGACGGUGGGACGCUGUGACAGAGUUGUGCUGAACGAUUUCAAUAACGAUCAAGAAAACAUUAACACCAAAAGCCCAGUGGAAGGGUAACAUGUAUCAAGCAACGACCUCGCGGCGCCCCACGCUCAUACUCAUUAAGAAUUGGGUUAUAUUGGUGUCUCUUGAAUAAUAAUAUUUAAAUACGUAUGUGUAGGAUUAAGAGAUUAUCGUGAAAUUCCUCGGCAAACUGUAAAAACAAAGGUCUGUAUAAGAUUUACCUGCAGUCACUUUGCAAUAUUAGUACAGGUAAAUACAUUGCUUCUUAAAGCGCUGAUGCAUCUCCAACAUCACCUUGAUUAUCUUACAUAUAGUGGAGACAAGACCAAUUAUACUAUUAAACAUGACACGAAGUAAACUUUACCAUCAUCACCACCACCGCGGGAUGGACAAGACAGCAGUUGGCUAUCAAUGCAAACCACGUCAUUUCAGAAUCACAACAACGCUGAAAAUGAACGGUGAUUAUGGGAGACAGUGAGUGAGGCACAGGCGACAGCACUGCGGUAUGUACGAAAAAGCAUAAAGAAAGAAGAAAGGGCAGUAGACAUGUUGAGUCUUUACGAGGCUGUUUGUGAUAAGCUGCACUGUCUAAUCUAGAAUAAAA